ACACUUCAUGAUUAAAGGUGGUUUGUCUAUUUUGUCGUACCAUUUCCCAGGUAGCAUUGCACGUCUCUGGAGCUACUGUCCAUCUCUCAGUCCAUGUUUUGGUAGAACAAUUUGCAUGUUCCUGAGUGGAUGGACCUCGAUGAGGCAUUAAGUACAUGAAAAGCAGAAUAUGCUGGGUGGAGAGAGAAUGCCUUUGAAGAGCUUCAGGCAAGAGAGCAGCUGAGCAUGGUAGCGACUGAGGUGGCGGCAUUGUAAAGAAGCCACCUACUUUUUCAUAGCUUCCUUAUUUAUUCACUUACUAAUUUAUUUUUAAGUUGUGGGCCAUGUUGGCUUUUCUUAGAAGAAAAUUUGUCUGCUUUUUCCACAGCUCUAGACAGGUCUUGUACUGAGCGACACUUGGUACAGACAGCUGUGCUGUUGUGAAAGGACUGCGAUAUACCAGCAGCCGUGCUUUUGCUGCCAGUCUCCCUAGGAGCCGUCUAGCCCAUCCUCCCUAACAGACCUUCACUGUUUCAUACCAAAGUCCUAUCUGUUCUGAAGCACCUAGAGAUAUCUACAGUCAGAUCACACUUGGUUUUUCUCUGAAUUAACUAUCCCUCAUUACUCGGAUUCCUUUUGUUGUCCCUUAAGGCUCUCAAAGAGGAUGGAUGAGCUGGAAUGGAGCCGUGCAGCUGCUAGGGGUUGCUUCGACACUGCCAGCUUGGCCAGAGCAGCUCCGGUAUGUCCAUGCUCCGCUGCUCUGUGUGGUGUGGCUCUGUUGUCUGAGUGUGCAUGGGACACAUCAGCUGUGGUAACAGUGUGCAUGUGCUGUGGUUUAGAAGCAAUUUCCUCUUUCAACCUGUUAAACUCUUCACCUUGUUUUCCUUCGAUGUUGACCUAAAGGUAUGAUUACUGUGAGAAAGAAAAACAAAAUGUUAACGGAGAGCUGACCUCUCCCUUUUUCACUGUUCAUUUCCUUGCCAAAAUAGUUUAUCUCUUAUUUACGUCCUCUGCUCCUUGCCUCCUUUCUAUUUCAGUAGCUGGUCUGGCGCCUCUCUGGAUGAUGCAUCUGCAUUGCUCAGGCAUUUGCUGCAGGAGCAUUUUCAGUGCUUCAGAAAUGUCUGAGUGUUUUGUGAGUCAGCUGUCAUGCAUAUGGGAGCUGAUGCUUUCUGUUGCACUUGGUAGCCCAGUAAAGGGUGGACUGGGGAUCACAGAGAGCAGUAAUGCCUGGAGAAUGAUCAUUUGGAACUGAAAGAGGACAACACAAGUGCCUAAAAUGGGUACCUCCAACAGCCACUUGAGGUGGGUGUUUGUUGUCAAGAAAGGCUAUCAGGACAUAGACACAUCCCUCCAGAGCUCUGUCAUCACCAAGCUGAAGGGGGUGGCCUUCACCAACACCUCGGAGCUGGGGGAGAGGCUGUGGGAUGUUGCAGACUACGUUAUCCCACCGCAGGGUGAAAACGUCUUCUUUGUCAUGACGAAUCUGAUCGUGACCCCAAACCAGAGGCAAGCCACAUGUCCUGAGGUAGGAAGAACUGAGCCCCCUGGCCCCCAGACCCCUACAAAACUGGGGAGUGUCAGCAUUCCUGAUGCCCUGUGUUACAAGGAUGGGGACUGCCUGGCAGGGCAAGCAGUGGUGGCUGGCAAUGGAGUUAAGACUGGCCGUUGUUUGAAAGAAAGGGACAGCAUCAGAGGGACUUGCGAGAUACUGGCCUGGUGCCCAGUGGAGAAAAGAUCCAAGCCCAAGAAACCACUUCUUGCCAGUGCAGAAAACUUCACUGUUUACAUCAAGAAUUCGAUCCGGUUCCCCAAGUUUAAGUUCUCCAAGAUGAAUGUGUUGGCAACCGACAAUGAGUCCUACCUGAAAAGCUGCCGCUACAGCACGGAGCAUCCCUACUGCCCCAUCUUCCUCCUGGGGAACAUUGUCAGAUGGGCCGGGAGCGACUUCCAUGAAAUGGCUUUGGAGGGUGGUGUGAUAGGAAUUCAGAUUGAAUGGAACUGUGAUCUUGAUAAAGCCCCUUCUGAAUGUAAUCCUCACUAUUCUUUUAGCCGGCUGGAUAACAAGUUUGCAGAAAAGUCUAUCUCUUCUGGGUACAACUUCAGGUUUGCCAAAUAUUACCGGGAUGCUGAAGGGGUUGACUACCGGACACUCUUUAAAGCAUAUGGAAUCCGUUUUGAUGUGAUGGUGAAUGGCAAGGCAGGGAAAUUUAACAUCAUUCCCACCGUUAUCAAUAUCGGUUCAGGGCUUGCUCUCAUGGGGGCGGGAGCUUUCUUUUGUGACCUGGUGCUGCUGUAUCUGAUUAAAAAGAGUAAUUUUUAUCGAGGCAAAAAGUAUGAGGAAGUAAAGUCCAGUUCCAGGAAAUCAUUAUCUAGCCCUACUCUGAAUGGGAAUCAGAGCCCUGACCAACUCGGUGGGCUCUAGGCACAGUGAUGGGGCCGUCAACUGGAAUCACGUUCCAGGAAAACCACACAGGUGUGAGAUGACACUGGGACUGGGAAGUGGAGAUACCCAGAUGAAAUCUACGAUCUAUUGUUGGGAUUCCCAGAGGGAAAAAAUCCUUUAAAGAACACCCGUCUUUCCCUGAGAUGUUCUCUGGUAUCCUGAGCUUGCAACACCUGUGUUGUCACUAUGGAUUUAUAAGACUAUUUUAUAAGAGGAAAAAGAAGGCACCAAAUGAAUGUUUUUAUAUUUAUUGAUAGAUAUAUCUGUACCUACGUUAAUAGCCAGCAUUCUCCUGUGGCCGUGCUUUGCUUUUAAGUGUGAAAGAGCGGUAAUGUGAAACACCAGUGACAUUUUGAGGAGGGCUGAGGCCAAGAAUCAACCCGUCUCCUGCUCCACUGGCUUGCAGCCAUGGCUUCCAACUCCCGCUUUUGUUAUUUGCAAGAUUAGAUAUAAAGCAGCAGGACUGCUCUUGUUAGGAAGUGCAAGGAAAUGCAACAUUUCAGCAACUCUCAGAGGCCAGAAGAAAGUGCUUUAUUAUCCUACACCACCCACACCAAGUGGGCCUGUUUUGGAG